CUAGAACUAGCAUAAUUAAGCUCGAAAAAAAAGAAAGUUGUCGAACUUUAUUAGGCCGAAGAGCUGGCUAUGGAAAACGGGCUUGAUGAGUGCACACAAGAUGGGACUGUGGAUCUCAAAGGAAAUCCUGUUCUUAGAUCCAAGAGAGGCGGAUGGAGAGCUUGCUCCUUUGUUGUUGUGUAUGAGGUUUUCGAACGUAUGGCAUACUAUGGGAUAUCAAGCAAUCUUGUAGUGUACUUGACCAAGAAGCUCCAUGAAGGCACAGUGAGGUCGUCCAAUAAUGUUACGAAUUGGGUUGGCACCAUUUGGAUGACUCCUAUCUUGGGUGCUUAUGUUGCCGACGCUCACCUUGGUCGGUACUGGACCUUCCUCACCGCAUCUGUUAUCUAUCUUUUGGGGAUGUCUCUACUAACACUAUCAGUUUCCCUUCCUGCUCUAAGACCACCUCCCUGCAAGGAUGCCAAUUCGGACAACUGUAGAAAGGCCUCCACAAUGCAAUUAGCAGUGUUCUUUGGCGCCCUCUACACGCUAGCUGUUGGAACUGGCGGCACAAAGCCGAACAUCUCGACCAUCGGUGCUGACCAAUUUGAUGAUUUCCAUCCUAAGGAGAAGGCUCAUAAGCUAUCCUUCUUCAAUUGGUGGAUGUUCAGCAUCUUCUUUGGAACACUCUUUGCUAACACUGUACUUGUGUACAUACAAGACAAUGUAGGUUGGGCAUUAGGGUAUGGGCUUCCAACACUUGGGCUUUUGAUAUCGGUGGCUAUAUUCUUAGCUGGCACACCAUAUUAUAGGCACAGGCUGCCAACAGGAAGCCCAUUUACAAGGAUGGCUAAGGUCAUAGUGGCAGCCCUGCGGAAAUCGAAGGUUUCAGUCCCUAGCGACCCUAAGGAACUCUAUGAGCUCGACUUGGAAGAAUAUGCUAAGGGGGGGAAGUUCAGGAUUGAUUCCACACCAACCUUGAGGUUCCUCACUAAAGCUGCUGUGAAAACAGGUCGAACUGACCCAUGGAUGCUUUGCUCAGUUACUCAAGUAGAGGAGACUAAACAGAUGUUGAGAAUGAUUCCGAUACUGAUUGCCACAUUCGUCCCAAGCACGAUGAUUGCUCAGAUAAAUACUCUUUUUGUCAAGCAAGGCACUACUCUUGAUAGAAACAUUGGCAGCUUCAAAAUCCCACCAGCAAGCUUAGUUGGAUUUGUGACACUAUCAAUGCUUGUUUGUGUUGUGCUAUAUGACAGGUUCUUUGUUAGUAUUGCUCGUAGAUGGACAAAGAAUCCCAGGGGGAUCACUCUUCUUCAGAGAAUGGGAAUAGGCCUUGUUUUUCACAUUAUAAUCAUGAUAGCUGCAUCACUGAUUGAAAGGCACAGAUUAAGUGUGGCCAGAGAACAUGGCUUGGUUGAGAAUGGAGGUCAAAUCCCUUUGACGAUAUUCAUUUUGCUUCCUCAAUUUGUGCUCAUGGGAGUGGCUGAUGCAUUUUUAGAGGUGGCCAAGCUCGAGUUCUUCUAUGACCAGGCACCUGAAAGCAUGAAAAGUCUUGGCACUUCUUAUUCAACAACCAGUCUUGGAAUUGGAAACUUCCUUAGUAGUUUCCUUCUUUCCACAGUUUCUGAUAUCACCAAGAAGCAUGGUCACCGAGGGUGGAUUUUGAAUAACCUAAAUGCUUCUCACCUGGACUAUUAUUAUGCCUUCUUCGCGAUACUCAACUUCUUGAACUUCAUUUUCUUCUUGAUUGUGAAUAGGUUGUAUGUGUAUAAGGCUGAAGUUUCAGAUUCAAUGGAAGUACUGGCUGAAGAAUUGAAAGGGAUGACAUUGACGGAACCUAACCAAGUUUCUUCACAUGAAUGAGAUGUGCAGAAGAAAAUCUUAUAUAGAAAUCAAAGCUUAAAUCAGAGAAUAGGUUUCAACUUUCAAGUUGAUGACCAUUGAAUAGAAGCUACCUCACUCGAUAGCCUACUUCGGAGUUGAAUCAGUCGGGAGAAAUGGUGGUUAGUACGUGUAUGCUGCAUUUUCUUCACCCUUCGAGGGAAAAAAAGCUGUCACAUAAACGAUAUAUUGAAAGAAAACGGCAGUUAAUGUUGAUAAACUUGAGAGUGUUUAUCUUCAGCAACAACACAAUUAAGAAAAUCUCAUCCCAUAAAGGAAUUGCAUUUUGUGAUAUAA